AUGCAGCCGCACAACCUGGGGGACCUAGACACUUGCGUCCGCCAGUGGACAGUGCUGCGGGCAGAGGCCCUGGCUGCGCUGGCAGAGCACCAGCUGCACAUCAGCGACGCUGCCGGCCUCGCGACACGCCCGCAUCUCGACCCUUUGGUCCGGCGCUUCCGGAAGCUGCGGGAAGCGCUGACGUCACUGGGCUGCCGCGACGCGUGGGCGGCGGAGGUGUACGAGCUGUCGGCGGACGCGUGCGCCCUGGCCGGCAACACGGCGGAGCUGCUCAAGUGCCUGCAGGCGCUGGUCAACACGCUCUACCCGGCGGUCGAGGCGCAGGAGGCCCGGGGGGCGGGACGGCAGCUGCUACAGCAGGGGCAGCAGCAUCAUCAGCAGCAGCAGCGGCAGCAGCAGCGGCAGCAGCAGCAGCAGCAGCGGCAGCAGCGGCAACAGCAGCAGCGGCAACAGCAGCAGCAGCAGCAGCAGCAGGCCGAAGGGCGGCCAGAUCCCUGGGAUGAUGCCGGCACCAGCUGCAGCGGCGGCCGCUCGGCGCCGGACCAGGCAGCAGCUGCGGGCUUCAGUUUACAGAGGGGUGCCUCCUGGGAUGGCAGGGGCCCCUCAGAGGCAGCUGCCGCGGCACCCACGCAGCACGCCCCGGCGGGCCCGCUGGCGCGCCGGGCCGAGGUGCAUGCUGCGCUGCUGCUCUGGUUCUUGUGUGUGCCCGCGCGCCCCGUGGCGGCGGAGGUUGCAAAGCGGCUGCGCGCCACGCCGCCUGAGGUGGUGGGAUCGCGCGACAUGCAGCUCGCGCUGCGCGCGGCGUCGGCGCUCAUGCGCGGCAACUGGGUGCGCCUGUGGGCCGCCGCGCGCGCCGCGCCGCCGCUGGUUGCGCGCGUGCUGCAGGCGGGAGCGCCGGCGGCGCGGGGACGCGCGGCGCGUGCGGCGGCGGCGGCGUACCGGGUGCUUCCGCUGGGUGUGUUUGCCGGCGCGCUCGGCCUUGAGGGUGGCGGCUGCGGCAGGGACGCGGCGGCUGUGCGGGCAGCGCUCGAGCGUGCUAAGGACAACCUGGGCAGCCGCUGGGCUGGCGUAGCGCUGGAGCGGUUGGAUGGGGGCGACUGUGCUGAUCUGGCAUUCCGGUAA